AUGCAGUUUGGGAACUACGCGGAUGUAGAGCAGGCGAGGCUCUACAAACUUCUGAAGGAGCAUCACGCAACUAGCGAAUGUGCUAAUCACGAUGUUUCGGCUGUACUGAUGCACCUCGAUCUCUACCAGGAGUUACAGCACGGCAACUACUUUGCCGUCACGUACCUGAGAAAUCGACUGCCGUUUCUCUUCCGGUUGGCGCUAGCCGCUGGGGCCGACGACACCAGCACUGCUACGGCUGCAUCACUGCUGAGGAGAGUGCUGGAGCUGCUCUGCGGUAAAUCAUUGGCGAGAGAAAGAGAUGGCUUCGGCGUGCUACCAAAAGUGCGAUGCGGCCCCAUCUGGGAUGGCACAUCUGCCCAGAUGUUCUUUGAAGGUGAGGAGAACAACGAUUUCUCUGUGGCGGGUGCCGUUAGUCGUGCCGUUGUCGAUGGCUGCAGGUCCCUGGAGCAGGGUGCCAAAGACGGUACAACGUUGCCGAGUGUAUCCAUAACUGCGGUGUGCCAGGGUAUUUUUUUGUUGGAGGCACUCAUAACUGCUGCAAGUUUGAGGCAGCAGCACCUCCUUCAGCAAGGAGCGCAAACCGGCAGCAGUCGAACACGGAAGGUGUGCUCAACGUUCAUGCGCAAAGUUAUUUCUCGUGUGCUGCCUGCCUACGAUGCUAUGGUGGACUGCAUGCUGAGUCACAUGUGUGAUGAUGCAGUGGGUCUGUGGUAUUCUCAGUUCAUGGACGCCCUCCGUGGGUCUGCGACAAUUCUGCUGGUAUACAAUAUGGAGGUAACGAAAACUCUCGUUGAGGUGGUGAUGAGCCUCGACGCUGCGUCUUCGGCGCGUCUGACGGUGCUGCUGGCCUGCCUGCUUACGCCGGAGCUGCUGCGGAUGUACCCACCCGAAUCGGAGGGGGGUGCGUGUCUCGAGUGCGUGCUGGACUAUAUCUUUCGGAAGGACGAACCGCAUGGUUUGCAGAGCGCGUACAUGGGGGUGUUCAUGAAGCUCAAUUCCACACCUGUGAGGCAAUUCCUAUGCCGCGGAGGCAUGCAGAGGACCAAGGCGGAGUACUUGCUUGCCGUGUGUUUCUCGCGGCGCUCGCUCAUGACGGCGGUGGGAUGCCUUGCGGAGAGCGGCACAUGCUGUGGAACGGUGAUCUCACAGGCAGUGCUGCACUACGGCAUUCCGUUCAGCGAGGCACUGUCGAAAGUUAUUACCUCCUACGCAUCGUCUUUGUUAUUGCCUCUGCCGCUGCAUUCUGAGUCUUUUGGCGCGCGUGAACCCAGGGCGAUGAAACGCACUGAGCAGCGCUGCCUUGUGCUGCAGUGGGCGAAGUGCAUCGUUCUGAGUGGUCGGGCACUUCUGAGCGCGCAAUGGACGGAGGUUGAGGUGCGGCACGAUGUGGACGGCGAGACCCUCCUUCCCUCAUCUCACUGCAGUGCAGGUAGAAAGGACGAGAGCACCUCGUCAUGGCCUAUUCACCGUGCGGUUUUUGAAUCCCUUUCGAUCAUUAUGCGGGCGCUCGCCUCGGUGCUCUUGCUUCCGACACCUGACCUAAAUAGUAUUUUCGUGAACGAGCUGACAACGCUUCUGUUUGAGGCGCAUCUCAGUAUGUUGGAGAGUCAUGAGGUUGCGUGCGUGAAUAACCGUGCGCUGAUCGGAGGACCGGGUGCCACGGGCCACCAAAAUGGUAGUCGGUGCUCUCCAACGGAGCUCGCACCGCAGCAGGAAGGCAUCUGCCAUAUGACACAGCGGGUGCUGCUAACAUUUGAUGAGUGGAAGUCGCUGCUGAUUGAUCAUCUCUCUCUUGACGCCAUCGUCAGCCGCUGGACAGCAGAGAGCCACGGAGGACACCCAAGUGAUGGCUUCCGACAGCUUCUCUCUCGUUUGGUUGAGAGCGCUGUUGCCUGCGAGGAGGUUGGUGCCGAGGCCCAGGUAGAUGCUCGAACAACGCUGCAGCUGCUGAUGGGUGUGGCCGAUAAAGAAAUACUGAACAGCGACAACAGCCGUUUGCAAAAGUUUCACGCCGAUGAAUUCGACGUGUUGGGUGCGGCAAAGGAGGGCAUCGCGCCACCUCUCGGCGCCAGUGUUGCUGUGGUGCAAUCGCCUGGGUCACCGACCAAUUUCGCUGUGCCGAAUAUUCCGCGGGUCCGUACAGUGGUGACGUACAAUGGCACCACCUCGCCGCAUGGAUCUUCGACGUGUGUUACGCCAAGAGAAUACGCCUCUCGCAGUGUCCAGCAGCAGACAGUGAGCGAGAACAGUAGUAGCCCCCAAUUCAGUUCGUCGACUGAAGUCCCAGACGAUGUCACGGAUGAUGAUGAGGAGGUGCAUGUGCCGGAUCAACUGGCUGUUCAUCUAUGCGCUCGUGACCCAUUGGAACACUUCGGGGGCCUCCACGGUUUCUCGGGGUGCACGAACCUGUUCUCCUCCGUGCAGCUGGUGGUAAGAACACCGCCACAGCACCCUGACAGUUUGCCACCGCAGCUCAUGUCGCCGCUGCCGCCUUCAGGUAGAAAUUCAGAGAGGAUGCACCUCUCACCGCACCUCGCUGCAAAUUCCCCAGUGGAGGGGCGAAUACAAUAUGGCUGUUCGGGAAAAAACAUGACGUGCGGGGAUGACGGUGCGGUCGGCUGGGACUCCGGCGCCUCAGUUUUCCCAGACGGCGAAAACGGCGCCACCGCCUCGCCACACACAUUGCAGGUGGGGGUGCCCCCUGAGGCCACUGGGGCAAUUGAUGGAGACUGCAAACGCUAUGGCUUCAGCGGCAGUUUGGCGUGCUCCGCGCCCACUUCUCGCUGCCGUCGGCGUCUGCACGAUUGGGACAUGCCGCCGCCCGACACAUUCCUGCAGGGCGGCCACGGCACCAGCAGCGGCAACAAAAGCCCAAAGGCGUCGUCGACGACGGCUGCUGGAUUUCCAGAGAAAUUCCACACAAGCCUCUCAAGUUAA